AUGUCUGCAUCGGAUCGGGUAGUGGUGGUGCUUGGCGGAGCUGGCACAGUGGGCUCUGGCAUUGUCAAGGCGCUGCUGGAGAAAGGUAAGGCUUACAUUGACGUGCCUUCCAUCCUGCAAGAGCCUGGGUCGAGAUUCAUUGACUGUGUCUGUGUGUGUCUGCCUGAAUGCAUAUACUUGGGGCUGUCUGAGUCCAGCAGCUGCACUUUCAACUAUCUUUCCAUGGUGUUCUGAUCUGUUUGACUCCUGCUACCAAUUGUUUGUUUCUACCAAGCGGUGAUGAGCUCCAAAUAUACCAUGGAAGUUCUGAUAUUCUAACAUCAGGCAUGUGUGUGUGUUGAGGGGGACAGUAUCUGUGACUAGUGUGCUUUUUGGAAGCACUUUUCACAAACCCAGAAGCCACUUGUGUGUCUCUCAUUAACUCAUGUGCCCGAAGCCUGAGCCCUAGCAUUGAAAAUGCUGAGCUCUGUUUCAUCAGCUGUUCUGCCAUCAAUCAGACAUAGGAACUGAUACAAUGGCAUCCAUGCCCCCUCCUUGUGCCCAGGGCGUUGCCUCCUCUGAUCCUUUGUCAUCUGUGCAGGCUUCCAGGUUGCUGUCAUUUCUCGAGACAGAAGCAGAUUGGAGAAGCUGAAACAGUUUCUGCCUCCAUCAGCCUGCCAGCGCCUGCACACCCUGGUUGGGGACGUAGGUAAGACUUUGUGUGUAAGACCUCGGCUGCGGUGCUUCUGAGGGCCAUUAGUGUGGGACUUCUGUGGGAAAAUACUGGGCAGAGGGAGUUGGGGCUGAAAUGUAUGGAUGAUGGAGAAAUUCGUUUAGUUUGCAUCUAAAGGUGAUUCUGUCAAAUCUGCACUUUCCAAACUAAUAUGAGAACCAAAACACAACUGUUCUUCAAAGCUGAUAUUUAUCCAAAUGCAGUUCUCCAACCACCCGUGCUUACAAGAAUGCAUAUAUGAGGGGAAAGUGUGCAUUAGAAUGCAGAAAACAAGAUGCAAAAAAUAAAUUAUAUUGAGGGAAACUGCUUCCAAAAAAAAGUGUACAUUAUUCAAAACUGCAUAUAAAAAUGUGUUUAUUAGGAGAACCUAACACUCAAAUGCUGGGGAAUUUUCAUAAGGAUUUUUUUUUAAACCCUCAAAUUUCUGCAAAAAUGUGGAGAAUUGAAUUUAAGUUUAGACAAAUGAGAAACCGAGAGAAGCGAAACAGACAGGUCCUUCUAUCCCUGCUAGAACGGUAUCUCCAUAAUGUCCUGGGAGGCGGCUGAGCUGGAUGGUGGAGGGAGCACAAAUUGAUUGAGGUGUCCAGAGCUAGGAAAAGGGAAGGCAGAAGGCACCCAGCAGACAGGCAGCCUUCAAGCCGCAGACGGUUGUAUGGCCCCCUCCAGCAAAGAGCUGAUCAAGGGUGCCUUCAGAAAAGCAGAGCCAAAGGCAGCCUUUGCAUGAAUCUGAGGAAGCAUUCCAGGAUUUGCAUUUUGAUGGCCAGCAUUGAAAGAUAUUGUGAUAAAAUUAAGGCAGCAAUAUGCACCACUGCAGUAAACACCCACAUACAAUCCUAUAGCCUUUAGAAUUCAAGGUACUUUAUAAAUAAAAAGUGAGGAAGGUGAUGGUCCAUAACUGGGAACAUUGAAGAAGAAGAAAAGAAAUAGGAGAAAGUACCUGAAUUCUCUUGGGAAAAUACAAAUUCAAAUUGUUGCAAGGAAACUCAAGCCUACUUUUUCUUUUCUUUUUAAGGAAGCCCUGACAGUUGAGGGCAAUUCUCUCUCUUUUUUGAGGUUUGAAGAUGAAUCCCCAGCAUGCUCAGUGGAGCUUUAGUUGAGCCAAGUAUGUUGUCAUCUCUCCACCAAAUAACUGGGGUCCCUUGGCCAACUGCACCUGCACAGGAUGUCACAGUGGCAGUGGGAUGCACCAGCCUGUAAUCUGGGUCACUGAUGCUGCAAUCCUUAUGGACCAGCUACACCUGCAAGGCAGCCAUAGCAUCCUAUCUGCAGGAUACAGGCAUCAUGCUGUUAUUGGCAGGCUACCUGUAGGUGAAGACCCUUGAGUGGCCUUGCUUUUUUUCUUCCUCCAUGAGUUUGGCAGGAGGGGAAAGGCUCUGGGCUGCUUGGGAGUUCAGAUUGAUAAUGCUGGGGAAUGCAGCCACCUGGUCUCACUAUCUCUGCUCCUAAAUUUAUCCCAUCCAUCCAGGUUCUGAGGAAGGUGCAGAGGCAGCCAAGGAGGCUCUGCUGAAGAGCACUGGGAAGGUGACGGAUGUGGUGUCCUCCUUGGGCUUCAGCUGGUGGCAAGGGGGUCCCCCUCUCACUCAGACCCUGAAGGAGCUGCACCGGGUGAGCAGGGAAAUAGGUCAGAAACAGGGGUGCGCCUAGAUUGUCUCUGUUUUGCAGGAAGGAUUCUAGUGCAUACCAGGAAUGUAGGUUUGUGCAAUUGGCUCUGUCACCCUAAGACAACAAAUCCACUUUUUUAAAUUUAGAAAACUGGCCUUUUUUUGCAGUAAAUUAAGUGAUGGGGAAAUGCAUUGAAAAGUGUGGGAUGAACAAACCAUUAAUGGGAACAGGGGUACCAACUUGAAUAAAAUAUUGUAGGGGCCCAAGUAAGCCCCUGUCCUGCAUAAUUAAUCACGUGAUGCAGUGUACACACCAUUUGAAUGGGAAUGCCCAUCAACUUUGUGGGGGCCUGGCCCCCUCAAAUAUUUUAUUGUGGGCGCCAAAGCCCCCAUGGCCCCUAGGAGUUGGCUCCUAUGAAUGGGAAGAUGCAUAAAGACCCCACAAGGUUCAAUACUCAUAUAUGACCUGCCUGCAAGAAAAUCAGAUAGGACACUGUCUAACUUCUGUGUAAGCUUUGUGCAAGCAAAACAGAUUGUCUGGAGGAACCCAAAGUUAUCCAGAUCAACCCUCUCCCAUUCUCUUUCCUUCUCCCUCUCUCUGGUGGAUAGAUUCUGUUUGCUGGCUUUUGGAGCCAUUUCUAUGAUAAUGGUACUCUUCCCCUGAGUUGGUCUUGUUGGCACUCUGCAAUUAUAUACUGGAAAGUGCUAUAGCAUUUUUCAUAACAACGCAUCUCUGCCCAUUGGAGCAGCACUUCCUCCUUGAUGCUGGCCAAGCCAGGGUUGAGGGCUUUGGGGUAAGGCCAGCCAUCAGGUAGAAUGUUGAUAGAAACUCCGGAAGUGUCAGCGGUGCUUUUAAGCAAUGCAAAAAGCUGGGACAGGAAUAACUGGCCACAGAUCAUGGUUUGUAGUUGCAGAGAGGCGGAUUCCUAAUUUUAAGAAAACUAUAACUUGAUCACAUUUGCAGAAGAGGUGUGAUUGUGUGGAUCUCCUCUUUUGGAGACUCUUGGGAUACUUCAGCUGGGACAAUGAACACGGGGGUCCCUCUGUUUCCUCUCCCACAGGUCCUGGACACCCUCCUUCUCAGCACCUUCACUGCCUGGAAGGCCUUCUUCCCCCUCGUGAAGGACAACGCAGAGGGAACCUACACUUUCAUCACUGGUGAGAUGAGCUGGGUUGGUCUGCAGUAGGUAACUUUGGGGAGAGAACUUUUGCUGGGGCUUCGGCCAGCCUCUCUUGCCCAGUAGCAAUAGAAAUGCACCUUUUGUUUCAGUUCGCAGGCCCUCAUUGCUUUUCUACCUUUCCAAACCCUCCCUCCAAUUAAGUCCUGCAUGCCUGAGCAUGUGGGCAGAUGACCAGCAUUUGUGGGGCAGCAGCUUGUGCCUUGUGGGGCUAGGUUGGCAGGGACUGAGCCAUCAUUGGCACAAAAUCUGCCCUGUCGAGAGCUACCCAGGCACAUGGGAAGAAGCUGCCUUUUACCAGAUCGUACUUGUUAGCCCAGUGUUGCCUUCUCAGACUAGCAGUGGCUGGAGUCUCAAGGCGCUUCCAGACUGUUUCCAGGUGGGAUUCAAUCACAUACCAACAAAUUCAGGUUGCGCAAUUAUAGUUGGGCAGGACGUUUUGCACAACGCACCUGCUCCCCCCCACAAAGACUGGACUUUUUGCAAUAAGGGAAUUGAUGGGAAAAUGCACUGGAAAAUGUCUCAUCCAAGCAGAUAUUCUCAUAGUUGUCAACGUUUCCCUUUUUUAAAGGGAAAUUCCCUUAUUCCGAAUAGGAUUCCUCGCAAGAAAAGGGAAAAGUUGACAGCUAUGGAUAUUCUACAUCAUCAAAGUUGUCUGGGAGGUCUCCAAUUGGCUGCAAACAUAUCCUUUUAGAUGGAAAGAGUGAGGACUGAACCCUGGACCUUCUGACUCAGCCACUGGUGGUGAUGGCAGCUCCUUCCUUCCUUCCCUCCCAGCUAAAUCAGCUUCUCUGUUUCAGGAGGGGCUGGGGAGCGCCUUCUCAUGCCAGGCACAGGCUUCCUGACACUGGGGGCAGCAGGGGCCUUGGCCUUUUCCCUCAUGGUCCGUGAGGAGUACCCAGACGUUCCCUGCAAGCUGAAUGAGGUCAGUGCUGGGUUUGUUGGUGGGUCAGCCAGCUCCCUACCCACGUGGGGAGUAAUUUUGCCCUCCCAGGGCUGUAAUUAGUGGGGUGUUCAGCAUCUAAGAACAUAAGAAGAGACUGCUGGAUCAGGCCCACAGGCCCACCUUGUCCAGCAUCCUGUUCUCACAGCUGCCCCAAUUGGAAACCCACAAGCAGCAGCUGAGCACAAGAGCACACUCCUGUCCUCUGCUUGCCAGCAACUGGGAUUCAGAAGGAUACUGCCUCCAGCCAUAGAGGCAGAGCGUAGCCAGAUCAACAGCAGGAGUAGCCAAUGUGGCACCCAGGAGAUGCUGUUGGGUCCUGACUCCCAUCCUGACUCCCAUCAGCAUGGCUCAAAAAUAAGCGAAGAUGGGGAUGUAGUCCAUGUUGGCUACUGAUCUGUGGGGUUGGUUUCCCUUGCAGGAGAGAGAGCUGGAGACUUUGAGGUUCCUCUGUGAAAUGUGUGUGUGUGUGAGGAGAAUAGUCCGCAGGCAGACUCAACCCUGAUGCUCAGCGCUCCCCCUACAGCUCCUUCCAAGCCUCUUUCUAGCACCAAACCCAGCAGAUCUUCCGCGGAACCUUUAACUCACUUAGAACUUUGGGGAAAACCUUCUGAAUGACUGAGAUCAAAGCAAUCCAUUAGGCAGGGUGUUGCUGGCAUCCACCUGCCUCAGUAGACAAUGGUGGACUGCAGGUGGGGCAGUUGAAGGUGCCCAGUUGUGCUGCUAGAGGUUCACCAUGGGUCUGGGAUAAAUGAAAUGGCCACUUUAAUUGAUCCCAGUGAGCCGCAAGUCUCUGACUGGCAAGGUCCAUCCAGCAGGGAUGGGGAAAUCAGUGGCCCUCCAAAUGUGGCUGCGCUACAACUCCCAUCAUCCCUGACCACUGGCUGUGUUGGGUGCUGGGAGUCUGAAUCCAACAAUGUCUGGGGGGCUUCCCAAUUGUGUGCGGAUCAGUGGGUGCCUGGCGCAGCCUCCCCCCCCCCAUGUCUCUUCUGGCACUGUUUUGGCUUUCCCGGCAGGUGAAAAUCAACAUGGGUGUGACAACGCCAGAGCACCUGGGCCCCGGGUACGUGAGCCACCUGGAGGUGGGAGAGGCCGUGGCUUCGCUAGUGGACAAGAGGAUCGUCUCACAUACGGUGCUGAGCGCCAGCUCGCCUGCUGACCUCAAGACCCUGGCGUUGGAAGGGAAGCUUUGAGGCGCCGGCUAGGAGACUUGCCAGCCAUACCCACCCAUAGUCCCUCCCCUUAUGCCACCCCCCUGUGUCUCUCCUUGGUGCCUGACUGGUAGGGAAAGGGUGCUUUUCAGCCCUGAGGCUCCUUCUCCCCUGCUCGAGCCCUUCUUCAGAGCCAGAUGGGCACAGAAAGGGAGCAUCAACAUCACACAUAGAAACCGGCAUGAGCCACUUCAGGGAGGUAGUGGAUCAUCUGGUGGUGGAUCUGGUUGAGAGAGGGAGAAGCUCCUCUGAGCAACCAAACCUGACCCUCCCCAGGGAAGCGUUAGUCCUCUAGCUGGUUGCACAUCAACAGCCUGCCCGGAGAGUCUUGUGGUGGGUGGGCUUGCAAGAUUGGGCAGGGAUAAGGAGAAACAUCAAGUACCAGUGGCCGCAAAAGAGGGUUUAAGGAGGCCAGGGGGAUGCUGGGCAUUUGUGGCUUGGUUCAGAGGGGCCCCUCUUAUCCCAGAAACAAGAUGGGUUGUGUUAGAUUUGCCUUUAAAUAAAACAACCAUUGCAAAAUUAUGAGCAGCUUUGGGAGUUGCCUACCGAGCAACCCCUGCUUUGGGGACUCGCUGUGUGUCCUACAAGCCCACCCAACCCUUUUGGACUACCUUGACGAUGUCCUGUCUUCCAGGCAGAUGGUUCCAGCCUCCAAGGCACCGGUUUCCUUGCUCUAAAGAGCUAAAGACACCCUGCCCUUGAGUCUCUCUAUCUCCCCCGCCACCCUAUCCUAAGUGCAGCCCAGCAUUUGGAAAUGGCCUGUGGCCCACCUAGCCUGGAGAGGAGGGUGCAGGAGAGAGAGAGAGAUGCCAACAGCCAAGCACUCGCUGCACAUUCCUGUCCCCGUCUUGCCAUGUUCAUUUGCGCCUUUCACUAAACAUUUUAUUUAAUAAACCCAUAA